UAUUUUGCAGUAUAAACUCGAAUGUCUUGUCGUAUUAUCUGCCCUGGACAGGUACUAUAUGUGCCUGGCCCUGAUUAUGACGUAAUCAAUAACACUUUGGAACCCUCUAGUCCAACUGCAAUAAACAUUCCUGAAAAUGAUUCACCAAAAUUGGAUGUAUCUCUGUCGGAGAAAUCUGUCUCGAAAGUCCCUGGCCAUGCUGAGCGCCUCUCGCCCAAAGAAGUUGUUGAGAUUAAUGACCCCGCAAGACGAAUCAGUGAAGAAGAAGCACGGAAACUAGAUGAGGAAUGCGUCAGCAGAUUCCUAAAGUUUGAUGCCAAACAUAUUACUGAUGGCCAGGGUGUUGUAAACGGUACCCUUAUAGUGACACCAAAUGCCAUCAUGUUUGACCCCAGUGUCCAUGAUCCUCUAGUCAUUGAACAUGGAAACGACAAAUAUGGCAUGGUUGCAGCCAUGGAGACCAUCAUCAGUGCUGCCAUCUACAGAGACCUAAAGACCAUGAAAAUAAAGGGCCAAGUGCCCUCAUCUCACUAUCCUGCAACAUCAUGUCCUGGACAGUCUGCCCUUCAGUCUGAGGGAAAAGCCCUUUAUUGCCAGCAGAGAGAUUCAGAAAACUCUGAAGUACCAAAGGCCGAGGUGUAUUGUGGCCAGGGCCACUUCAAGUUUGCUACCAGCAAACAGGAAAAUGAAUCCGACUACCUAGAGACCUCCAACAAACUGGUGAAGAUAAUGCAGGCCGUUCAGUCAAGCCAGUGUGACAGCAAAGAGCAACAACAACAACAACAGCAACCACAGCAAACAACAGCAUCACUAACAACAACAGCAAUGACAACAACAGUAACAACAACAACGACAACACCCACAAUUCCACCAACAGCAGAUAACGUCAUGAAACAGGGCGUCGGCAAUGGAACACUCCCAGGAACAGAAGACAAGACGAUGGAGCGAUUGCCGAAUGUGGAGGGGGACCUGAACAGACUAUCAUUGGAGACGGCAGACCAUCAGAGCAACGGUAUCGGUAGGGACGCGGGUGACAGUCUCCCCGAGCAUACAACAGAUGCCACCGUGAAACAGGCAGAAAUGCAAAAUGACCAAGUUGAAGAAUCCGAUAAGGACCUCCACCACAGACCGUCAUCAUCACCGUCAGCAGCAUCAGAAGCACCACUGGUGUUGCAACCACCAAGGAAACCCCACAAAAUCGUUACCGAUGAGACACAUGGAACGGAAGUUGAUAAUGAAGCAGACUCUAAUGUAGAUGACCAAACAAGCAAAGAGACCCCAGAAUUAAACUCUACAUCAGCACAACCAAAGCUCUCACCAAAAGACCCCACAAUCACCUCCUCUAUGAUGGAAGGGUCGCCCAAACUGAAAGCUAUCUACAACUAUGCUGCUGGCUUUUUCCAGAGUUCCGGUUCAGCAGAGAAGACAACGCCUGGCGCAGAGGGCACACCAGAGUCGCCGGUACCGUCGACAGGUGUCCCCUCGCAGCAGGGAAGUGACAAUUUAUCUACGAGCCCGACAAGCCCAAGAACCCCAGGUGUCGAAUACACGACCAAACGAGGCACUCGAGUGCGGGUGGUGUCGGCUGUCACGAUGGAGGACACACCAAAUUUAUUCCAACCAGUAACGAAGGAUGAUGAACUCAAAGCUUCCCUGUUGACAAUCCGCUAUGAAGAACCACCUUUAUUCCUUUGCCUCAAAGUUGGCAAACCCAAAAACACAACGGUAACCUAUGAGGCGCCAUUCAGUACUUACGGUAAAGCUAAGAAACCAGAAUACUGGUUCACAGUCUCCCAAGAGAAAGCUGAUAACUUCUAUGCAUUCCUUCUUCAUUGGAAACCAGAAAUCUAUGGAGACGAUGAAGAAACGGAAGCCCGCAAACUGGGUUUUGUGAUUUUUGACAACAGCAGUAACCAAGCCGAGGAUGAUCUAGAUAUUUUAGAUGGCUAUUUUGGACACCGAGAAAGUAUUUCCAAAGACUGGGAGGCAAAACGGAAAGAGUCGAUCAACACAAUGAAGGGUCAGAUGUAUGAUUUUGUGAGAAAAACGCAGAACCUGAAAGGGAGUUCCAUGAAGUGGUUGAGAAAAAUUUCAAGAAAACAGAUUGUAACCAGUGAUGAAGAUUACCGUAAGAAGUCCCUCGAGGUCGAUGACACCCCUGUCCUACCCGAGUUCAUUGGCGAAACACAUAUCCUCACAGAAGAGCAAAUUACUACGUUGGUGGAGCAUCUACCCGGCCGUACAGUGGGUUACUCCUGGAUACUCAUAUACAGUACAGACUUACACGGCUUCAGUUUGAAAACUCUCUACCGAGACAUGACCAACUACGAGAGUCCAGUCUUAUUGACUGUCCGUAACACUCAGAGUCAGGUGUUUGGUGCUUUAAUAUCAUGUCCUCUGAAAGUUAGUGAUCACUUCUACGGCACCGGAGAAUCCUUCCUGUUCACCUUCCAUCCAAAGUUCAGGAUUUUCCGUUGGACUGGAGAAAAUAAUUUCUUUGUAAAAGGCAACCAAGAAAGUUUGGUUAUUGGUGCUGGAAAGGGCUUCUUUGGUUUAUGGUUCGACGGAGAUCUCUACCAUGGCCGGAGCCAUCCUUGUGAUACUUUUGGCAAUGACGUCCUUUGCGAAGAAGAAGAUUUUGUUGUGCAAGCGUUUGAGGCUUGGGGUUUCGUAUAAGAGAAGUAGAAUAUGAAAAGGAAAAAAAAAAACAAGUAAAGAAAAUAAAGACAAUUCAACAACAAAAAAAUAUAUAAUAAAAAGAAGAGAAAUUUUCAUAGAAAAGAUUUGAACUGAUGGAGUUAAUGUUCAGACUGCAGACUCUUGUAAUAACUUUGUAAUAUUUGUAUCAUUGCUUUCACAACAACAACAACAACAACAUCUACAAUAUGAAUGAUAAAAAAAUGAAAUAAAAAAAGACGGACAGUAAACAAGCAAGAGAUUGAAAAAAGAAAAAAAAAACAAAAAAUAACCAAAAACAAAAUGUAUAAACCUGUAACUUCAAAGUCCUGCUCCUCACUCACUCCAUAUAUAUAUGUGUAUAUAUAUAUGUGUAUAUAUAUAUAUUAAUGUGUGUUUAUGUAGAGCUGGUGAGUCAGUCAGCUGAUUAGGUAAGUGGUCAGUCGGUCGGUCAGUUGGUCUGAUCUAGAUUGUCUGGACUGGAGACCUGCUGAUCAGUCCAUCUGUAAUUGUUUGGUGUCUGCUACUACCUUGAAUACACACAAACAUAUAUAUAUAGAGGUAUAUGUAUAUAUAUGCAUUAUAUAUAUAUCUUAUCGACGCCACCUUCUGUAUAAACAGAUGUGUUUAUAUACGCAAGUUGGUGAAGUUGGCUGAAAGAGUAAUCGACUUUUUUUUUUUUUUUUUUUUUUACAGUGUUCAAUGUAGUCCCACUUGGUUCCAUGUUCAAAUCCUGCUCUGAAAGGGGGUUGGGUGGGUGGUUGGUGGUUGAGCGGCGGUGGUCAGCUUUUUUUGCCUUUCAUCCCUUUGUAUGUUGGAAAUCUGGACAGUGGGUGAGUGGCAGUCAUGAAGUGGAUCGACAAUGUCUUGAGUAGUAAAGAGAGUUUGUUUGUUGGUUGGUUGGUUGGUUGGGGGGGGGGGGUGUUGUGGAGACAUUUGAAAACAAUCAAUUUUACUAUUUUUUCCUUUGCCUUCUCCAACUAUUUGGCGCCUUUCUAAGAAUAUUUCCUGCAACUGCAUGGACAACACAAUUAUUGAAGACAUGCAAGUAUUAUUGAUGUAUACAAACAUUUUGGUGAGUGUAUGAGUACGUGUGCACAUGUGAGUGUGUGUGUAUAUAUAUAUAUA